CCCGUGCUGCACGGCCCUCCCGCCCUCUUUUUGCGACAGUGUCGCGCGCAGGGUUCCCUCGCUUUACGGCGCUGCCCGCUCCGGGGAGUCUGAGGGAGGUCAAGUGGGCUCUCCUCUCUCGCGGCCUGACGGAAUCCGGGGUGGGGGGACCCUUGGCGGGUCUGGGUCGCCUCGGCCUCCUCCUUUUCUUCUCUUGAGGGAGGCGCGGCGUGAGGCGAGCCCGAGAUGUGGCGCGUGCUAGCGCGGCGCGCGGCCCAGCAGUGCGCGGCCCCGCGGACGGUCCGGCUCCUGCGGCCGCCGGGCGCGGAGGUCCCGCGACGGAGCCGGACCUGGAGGGCCCUUGGCAUUGGCGGCGGCCUCGCCUCAUGGGGGGCCCACGGGGGGAAGACGCCGCCGCUCCUGCUGCUCCGGGGAGGGCCGGCCGCGCCCCAGCCCGCCCGGCACUGGUGCACCUUCCCGUCCCACCAGAAGGUGCCUUUGCCGGCUCUGUCUCCCACAAUGCAAAUGGGGACUAUUGCACGCUGGGAGAAGAAAGAAGGGGACAAGAUCAAUGAGGGGGAUCUGAUAGCAGAGGUGGAGACCGACAAAGCUACUGUGGGGUUUGAGAGCAUAGAAGAAUGUUACCUGGCCAAGAUCCUGGUGCCAGAAGGAACACGGGAUGUUCCCAUAGGAGCGGUAAUAUGCAUCACUGUGGACAAACCUGAGCUUAUCGAUGCCUUUAAGAAUUACACUUCGGAUUCUUCAGCAACUGCCCCACCAGCCUCAGUGCCGCCUCCUCCUCCUCCUCCUCCUCCAGCAGCGGCUUCCCCCACACCAGCAGCUCAGCCCUCUGCUCAGGCUCCAGGCAGCUCCUAUCCUCCCCACAUGCAGAUUCUUCUCCCUGCCCUCUCGCCUACAAUGACGAUGGGCACAGUUCAGAGAUGGGAAAAGAAGCUUGGUGAAAAGCUGAGCGAAGGAGACCUGUUGGCAGAAAUUGAGACAGACAAAGCUACGAUAGGCUUUGAAGUGCAAGAAGAAGGUUAUUUGGCAAAAAUCUUGGUGGCGGAAGGCACAAGAGAUGUGCCAUUGGGAACCCCACUGUGCAUCAUUGUGGAGAAGGAGUCUGACAUUCCAGCAUUUGCAGACUAUAGGGGUUCUGGAGUGGCAGAUGUCAAGCCUCCAAUGCCACCACUGCCGCCACUACCACCAAGUCCUGCGGCAGUGGCAGCUACUCCUUCUCCAUCUCAGCUGGCAGCCCCUCUGUCAGCCAAGGCUCCUGCACAUAAAGGGAGGAUAGUAGUCAGUCCUCUGGCAAAGAAACUGGCAGCAGAGAGAGGAAUUGAUCUUUCACAGGUGAAAGGCACAGGACCAGACGGACGGAUAACAAAGAAAGAUAUUGAGUCAUUUGUGCCAUCAAAGGUUGCCCCGCCCCAGGCAGUAGAAGCAGCUCCCCUGGCUGCGCCUGCAGCAGCAGCUGCCGCCACCCUUCCCACAGGUGUCUUCACAGAUGUUCCAAUCAGCAAUAUUCGCAAGGUGAUUGCCCAGCGUCUGAUGCAGUCUAAACAAACAAUACCUCACUACUAUCUCUCUGUUGAUGUAGACAUGGGAGAAAUAUUGGUGCUAAGAAAGGAACUCAACCAGGAGAUGCCACAGGACACUAAACUUUCAGUCAAUGACUUCAUUAUUAAGGCUUCAGCGCUGGCUUGUGCAAAGGUGCCUGAAGCAAAUUCCUCUUGGUUGGACACAGUCAUUAGACAGAAUCACGUAGUCGAUGUAAGUGUUGCAGUCAGUACUCCAGCAGGGCUUAUAACUCCAAUAGUAUUCAAUGCGCACAUAAAGGGAUUAGCUUCCAUUAACAAAGAUGUUGUAACGUUAGCAACCAAAGCUCGCGAAGGCAAGUUACAGCCGCAUGAAUUUCAGGGAGGAACUUUUACAGUCUCAAAUUUAGGAAUGUAUGGCAUUAAGAAUUUCUCUGCGAUAAUCAAUCCACCACAGGCUUGUAUUUUGGCAGUUGGUGCCUCUGAGAAAAGGCUGAUUCCAGCAGAUAAUGAAAAGGGGUUUGACGUGGCCAGCAUGAUGUCUGUUACGCUUAGCUGUGACCACCGCGUUGUGGACGGAGCAGUUGGUGCCCAGUGGCUUGCUGAGUUCAAGAGGUUUCUUGAGAAGCCAGCCACCAUGCUGCUAUAAUCCUUCGAGGCCACCAGGACUUUCUUAGGUCACAUCACUUCAUUCUAAAGAAGCUAUUUAUAUAUCUAGUGUUUAGACUUUUAAACAAAUGUUCCUUUCUUUAUUUUUUUAAAAAUAUAUCUAAAUAUAUAUAUAUGGUUGCUGGUGAUUUUUAUUACCAGUUGUACAGAUUAAAAUGGUUUGCAAGGGCUUUCUGGAGCCAAGUUCAGCUAUACUGUAUUUUAUACAGUGAAUUAAUUUGCAAACUUUUCCCCUCCUAAAUAGUCCAAAGUGUUUUAAAUCAUGUGGAGGAGCUCAUGCUUCUGACCAAGAGAUCACAGACCCACCCAGCAACCUGAAGACUCCUCUGUUCCCAAAAAUGGGAGCCAGAUUAUAAAAGCAAAGAAAGCAAAAACUGGAGUUGAAAUAUCUGGUGGCUGAAAUCUCCUAACCAGCAAAGAAAGUGAGCCUGCUUGUGUGUUGUUCUCCCAUCCUUUUAGAUUAGCAGGCUGUCCAGAGGCAUGGAAGAGAAUAAGCUUCCUAAUGGUUCACAUUCCAGCUGAUUGCUGGAAUUCAGCAGUUAACACAGAUUUUAUAGCCACAGGAACUCUUUCAGAGCACUUUAAUGCAAAAACUCCAAUCAGAUUAUCCAAAUUGUAUGGCAACAUUUUUUUAAAAAAUAAGGCUAAUAUGUUUCUGCCAGUGAAUUUUCCUAACUUCUUUUUCUUUUUUUGCAUUGAAACUUUCAUUUUAAGAGACUGCUUCCCCUUUAGUUUAGUGAAUGCUGCUUCAUGUGAAUGAAGCAGAAGUCAUUGUUCAGGGAAUCAAAGAAAGUCAGUAGGAGCUAGAAUACAUGAAACAGUGUGGUCUCAACAUCUGGAUUCCGGUGUUUGGGUCCCCUUCCCCUUCCCAGAGUUUGACUUAGGAAGCUCUGAGAGGUGUUGAGGGUAGGUGCAAUCCAAAUGGGACUUCUCCUGUCAUUGAAAUGAAUGUGAGAUCACAGUCUUCCUUCAUAGAAGCAGGAAAAUUGUACAGAAAAGAUGACCCUAGUAGUGGCUUGUGAUCACUGGCUGUAAUCCAGAGUAAAUGGGUUGUGCCUAAGUUCCAUUGAAGUCCAUUAGAUGCAACUACUUUUCUCUGGAUCAGGGUCAGUUCUAUAACAACUUUGUCUUUCACCUAUCCCAGCCUUGGGGUAGUGGUGGAAUUUAUUUGGUCAUGUAAAUAGUGUACAAAAAUUAAAUUGCUUGAAAUUGUUUUCUUUUGAAAUUGUGCCCAUUUGCAUUGAUGAUUGUGUCUGUAGUGGGAAGAAUACACUAAUGGAAAACUCCCAUAUUUGCUUCCCAAAGGAAUGUUAAUUUACAAAGGAGGAUCAUGUAAUAGCUCCAUGGUGUGACCAGGAGAGCCAAGCAGACAGUUAAUAAAUAUGCCCCAAAUUAUUCUGUACCAUAUGCAUUGUGUUAAGUAUUGUAAAGUUGUGCUACCAAAUCCACUAAAGAUGAUAUUCAAGAAGAUUAUACUGUGGAGAUUAAAUAUUUUUCUGAGACCUAUCUAAUGUUCUGUUGAUUUGGUUGCAGUUUUGCCUAAGAAGUUUUGGUAAGAAGCAAGUUGCACUUAAAAUGUCCUAACUUGGUUCCAGACUGGCUAGUUAAGCCAGCUAUGUUCCAUUAAAUGUUUGAAAUUUA